AUGGUCCAUCACGCCAGCAACCUCAGUUCCACCCGCUUGGAGGACACGCUCAUCCCCGGCGGUCCUGGUUUAAGUCUCAAAUUGGAUGCCCUGUCGAUGAAGCCCACCGCAGCAACACCCAGGAGGCUGCCCGACAUCACUGCCGACAUCCACACUUCCCACGUAGAGCACCUCCCGCAGGGAAUCAUCGAGACGGACGAAGAGAAGAAACACCACUGGUUCGUCGGCAGCAUCGACCAAGGCACCACAUCAUCGCGCUUCCUCAUCUUCAACGGUGACGGCGACCCUGUCGCGAGCCAUCAAAUAGAGUUUGAGAAUCUUUACCCAAAAUCUGGAUGGCACGAACAUGACCCGUUAGAGCUUCUCCGCUCCGUCGAAGAAUGCAUCGAAGGGGCCAUGCGAGAGUUUGUCGACCUGGGCUACUCAAAAUCCGACAUCCGCUCAAUCGGCAUCACCAACCAGCGCGAAACAACAGUAGUGUGGGACAGCACCACCGGCGAACCGCUCCACAAUGCCAUCGUCUGGCCCGACACCCGGACAAAAGGGCUCGUGCGCGAGCUCAAGGCGCGCGAGGACUCAGAUAGCCUCAUGGACCUCUGCGGCCUGCCUCUGUCGACAUACCCCAGCAGUGUCAAGCUCAUGUGGCUCCUCCAGAAUGUGGAUUCCGUGAAGCAGGCCUACGAGGAAGGGCGCCUCGCAUUCGGAACCGUCGACUCUUGGCUUAUCUACAGACUCAAUGGCGGCGCGCAAGCCGACAAGCCCGUUCAUGUCACAGACAGCACCAACGCCAGCAGGACCAUGUUCAUGAACCUGCGCACCAUGCAGUACGAUGACAAGCUUCUGGGGUUCUUCGGCAUCGACAAGACAAAGGUACAAUUGCCCAAGAUUGUGCCGUCGUCAGAUUCCGAAUGCUUCGGCAAGCUCGCCAGCGGCCCAUUAAAAGGCGUUCCCAUUGCCGGGUGUCUGGGCGACCAGUCCAGCGCCCUGGUCGGCCAGUGCGGAUUCAGUCCCGGGCAGGCCAAGAAUACGUACGGCACCGGAUGCUUCCUCCUGUACAACGUCGGCACGGAGCCUGUCAUCUCCAAGUACGGCCUGCUGGCCACCGUGGCCUAUGACUUCGGGCGCGGCAGGAAACCGGUGUACGCGCUGGAGGGCAGCAUCGCCGUCGCGGGGUCGGGCGUCAAGUUCCUGCAGAACAACCUCGGCUUCAUCGAGUCCUCGAGCGAGAUCAACGCGCUGGCCGAGUCGGUCCCGGAUAACGGCGGCGUGGUCUUCGUCACGGCCUUCAGCGGGCUGUUCGCGCCGUACUGGAUCGACGACGCCAAGGGCACCCUCUUCGGCAUCACGCAGCACACCAACAAGGGCCACAUCGCGCGCGCCACGCUCGAGGCGACGUGCUACCAGACGCGGGCCAUCCUCGAGGCCAUGGAGAAGGACUCGAGCCACAAGCUCGAGUCGCUCGCCGUCGACGGCGGGCUCUCCAACUCGGACCUGUGCAUGCAGACCCAGGCCGACAUCAGCGGCAUCCCCGUCGACCGCCCGCGCAUGCGCGAGACCACCGCCCUGGGCGCGGCCAUCGCCGCCGGCCUGGCCACGGGCGUCUGGCGUGAGCUCGAAGACCUCAAGGAAGUUGGCCGCAACGGCCGCAAGGUGUUCAUGCCGCAAAUAAAGAGGGCCGAGGCCGAUAGGUUGUUUAGGAAGUGGGAGCAGGCGGUGGAGAUGAGUAGGGGGUGGGUGAGGGAUGAUUGCAUGGCGAAGUGA